CCUAACUCAUUAGAGAUAGUCAUUACAUGGUGUUACCGCAAACCUUUCUAUAACAUCACUAACUUCAAACUGUAUAGUUUAACGUAAACCUAUGGACAUUUUGUGUCGUGCAAAAGAUACCAAAACCCUUAAAAGGGAUGUUCGAGGAGAGUUACGACUUCAACUUUACAACCGGGGACAAUGGCAUCGCAUUGGAUCCACUUGACGCCGUUCUCAAGAUUGCAGUGCCGAUUUUUCUGGCCGUUCUUUUGUGUAUAGGCUUAAUUGGGAACAUGUGUAUGAUGUUCGCCAUUUUGGGAUUCAAACACAUGAGAACUGCGCCCAAUAUCCUCAUCUUUAACCUGGCACUUGGUGACUUGCUCUAUAUUCUCAUCCCAACACCGAUCUACAUCGAGCAUGAGAUAAACCCACUUUCGGAUCUGUCAUCACCCGGUUGUAAACUCAAAGCCUACUUUGGUUUCGUUGGGCAGUACGCGAGCGUUUUUGCCCUGGUUGCGUUAAGCCGGGAGCGCUUCACUGCCAUCGUACGGGGGAUGGAGGCGCGUCGACACGAGAAGGACUCGUGCAUGUCUAGGAGUUUCUGCGUCGUCAUUUUCGUUUGGGUAGCAGCCAUUUUGCUCCCGACCCCAACUCUUUAUUUUGCUGUCAACAACGAACAACAGUGUCGGUCGACGUCGGAUAAUGCCAAAGUGGCGAUGUUUUACGAAUCUUUCCGAGGCUUGACUGGUUACGUCAUUCCGCUAGUGACAGUUUGGUGUUAUUAUCUGAGAAUAGCAGUGUCACUCUUCAAGAGUACAAAGAGAUUUCCGAGCGAGCUGCAGACGAACCCCGCAUUGAAUCGCCAAGUGUGGGCCCGCAAGCGCCUGGCUGCCUCUGUGCUCGUCAUCACCAUCUUCUUCGCUGUGUGCUGGUUCCCGUACUUCUUCUAUAACAUCUGGAUCCUAUCCGCCAGUGAUGAUGUAGUCUACUCAGUAUCCCUAACAGCAACAGACUUCCUGAGAUACGCAGGAAUCGUCAUGCCAGUCGUGAACACGUGUUUAGACCCCUGGCUUCUUUUUAUCAUUAGCUCUAAACACAGGGCUGGUUUGAUCGGGUGCUUUAAAUGCUUCAGGCAGCGCACUCAGUGUGACAGAAGGCGAUCCGUUUACAGGGGCGUCUGCCACCACGUAACAAAUACUGAUAGGGAAAAUAUGCAUAACUCAACCGAGUUUAAGUAACAUUCAUUGUGGGAUACAACCUGGGAAGUGACAGCCAGGGGUCGCCUUGAAGGGGAUGCGACUUUUUAUUUAAAAUAAUUAUCAAACUAUAAUCAACCAGAAAGAGUUUUGACUAAACUUUAAAUGAAUUAGGUUUGAACAAAGACAAAAUAUUUGAGCGGGAUCUUAACCAACGACCUCCUGGUUAACGUACCGGUGUCCCAGGGAAAUCUGGCCUUGAAGAGUCUGUCCCCCAUAUAUGGGAAAUUAACAUGGGCUGGAGGAAGAUUCAACAGAGGGCGCUAUCAGAAGAAGUUUGUACACAGUUUACCAUAAUAGGGGGCAUAAUCGCCUGCACUACAUUGAGCUAACCAACCAUAUUGUUGGUCAUAAUUAUUCCUGUUUUGGCAACUAUAUCAACGAUGUCCGCGAUAUAUGAAUAAUGAUUUAAGAUAUUUGCUUUAAACCAUUAAUUUGAUGGCUUUUGUUGUUGUAUGAACAAUAAAUGGAUAAUUACAACGUUGAAUAAUAUUAUUUCAAUCAUUGUGUUUUUUAUUUUAUUUAGAAUUUCAUAAAUGGAUAAUUACAACGUUGAUUAAUAUUAUUUUAAUCAUUGUGUUUUUUAUUUUAUUUAGAAUUUCACUUUCACAAUAAAUCACUCUAUAUUAAAGGCAGUGGACACUAUUGGUAAUUGUCAAAGACUAGCCUUCACAGUUGGUGUAUCUCAACAUAUGCAU